ACGGCCCGAGCAGUGCAUCUCACUUGUACACCCUUUCAAGCUGGUCUUGCAAGGAAUCCUUUCUCUUUCGUCUCACGCCUCACGUCUCACGUCUUACACGAUCAAACACGAUCUCUUCACGGACUUCGAUGCGGCUAGCUGUCUUGGUGACGUUGGCCUUGGUUGCCUUAACGAAUGGCGCCCCAGCCCCUGCGGCGGCUCCGACCGCCAAGCUCUCCGACGGAAGCGUCCUGACCGGUGGCACCCAGGGCUCGCAGGUCUACUGGUACGGCGUCCGGUAUGCAGCUGCACCCGUUGGCAACCUUCGAUUUGCGCCCCCGAAAGCCCCACCGUCGCCAGCUCAGGGUCCACCGACGAGCCAGAGCAACCGUCGCCGGCAGUACGGCGGCAACAACACUUAUGCGGGCCAAAACCAAGCGGAGGCGGGGCAAAAGCUCUGGAACAUUGAAGAAGAUCCCGACGAGCAGACCUCUGUCCAGAAGGGUGGCAAAGUUCAGGUCCAGGCCAUCGAUUCGACGACGAAGGGACCCCGGUGCCCGCAGAGUGGCAGCGUCAGCGAUCAGGACGAAGACUGUCUCUUCAUGAAUAUUCAGCGACCUGCUUCGCUUUCCAACGGGGCCAACGUUCCCGUUCUCCUUUUUUUCCACGGUGGCGGGUUCCAGGGUGGAAGCGGCAACGACAUUGACCCCACCGCUUUCAUUCAGGCCGGCAUCGACAACAGCCAGCCCGUACUGGUAGCCACGAUCAACUACCGCCUCGGUGCACUGGGCUUUGCUUCUGGCGAGACCAUGGAGCAGCUGAGAGACAGUACACCCAGCAAUGUGGGCCUCAAUCUCGGGUUCCGUGACAUGCAGCGCGCCCUCGUCUGGACGAGGGCCAAUGUGGCUAGCUUCGGCGGUGAUCCAGACCGCAUUAAUAUCUGGGGCCAGUCUGCCGGCGCAUUUGGCGUGGGUGCCUUGCUUCUGGGCAAUCCCGACAGUCCGCCGUUCCAAGGCGCCCUCAUGCAGAGCGGUACGCCCGGUGGUCCUCCGAUUGACUCUGCCUCGACGGGGACCAAAACGGACCAGUUCAACCGGCUGCUCGAUAAUGUCGGCUGCGACCAGAACGACUCCAACGAGGGCAAGCUGUCUUGCCUGCGUUCGCAAACGUGGAAGACAAUUCGAAAGGCCAGCAUCCAGGAGCAAUCAAGAGCGAGCAGUGACUACAUUCGGGGUUCCUACCCUUGGACCGCCUGCAUCGACGGUGGCGUCUCCCGGAAGGGCUUCUUCAGCGAUCGACCUUCCGUCGUGCUCUCGCAGGGGAAUUUCGCCAAAGUGAAUCUCCUGAGCGGCAACAAUGAGGACGAAGGCACGCCGUUUGCGCCGCAGAGCUUCGAUGACGAAGAAAGUUUUGGCGAUUGGUACAAGAAGAUCUGGUUUGAGGACCCCGACUCCGAUGAGGCCAACAGCGCCUUCUCGGACCUCCUUCAGGCCUAUCCUGACGACCCCACCGUGGGCUCGCCUUAUCGGCCCAAGAAUGGUGACAACGACAACCGCUUCUUCGGCGACACCAACCAAUUCAAGCGCGCGGCUUCCAUCUAUGCUGACACUCGCUUCCAGUCGGUGCGUCGCAACUUGCUCAAGAACUACCUCAAGAAGUCCCCAAAGACAUCGAUCUACUCGUAUCACUUUGCGAACUACCGUGAUGGCGAUGCCGACUACCUGGGAAUUCCUCACGGUGCUGAUCUGGACUUUGUGCUUGGACGCAACACACAGAACCCGAGCAUGGAUGCCAAGAUUGCACAGCGCUGGAUCGCCUUUGCCACCAACGGCAACCCGAACAUCGAUGGGCUGGCAAAUUGGCCCAAGUACACGAGCAAGAACAAGCAGCUGCUCCAGUACCGGGACGGCACCUCGUCAAUUGUCCAGGACGACUUCAGAGUCGACGCCAUGAACGUCCUUAACCGUGACGACAUUCUCGCCUUGACCGGUCGUUAAUUGCGAGUUUUAUUACAAGAUCUGACAGAGGCAUGUACGAUACCAUGAUGUUCAC